AUGAGCGCCGUCGCAGACGAUCCUCAGGACGCCAAGGUCGAUAUGUCCACAGUACGUGCUCAGAUGUUUUCAGCUUCCUUGGCUCAUACGAACUGCACUGCGGAGGGGUUGAACCAAGAAGAGGCUCAACGACGACUCGAGCUAUUUGGCCGCAACAAACUGGAAUCUGAGGAACAGAAUAUAUUCCUUCAGUUCUUGAGUUUUAUGUGGAGCCCCCUGUCAUGGGUGAUGGAAGCCGCUGCGCUCGUCACUAUCGUACCUUCAAACGGUCAGGGCACACCCCCUGACUGGCCUGAUUUUGUCGGCAUCGUUCUCCUGCUAUUCAUCAACUCUGCCAUUGGUUUCUACGAAGAACGUAACACUGGUAAUGCCUUCAAGGCGCUUAUGGACUCCUUGGCACCUAAAGCCAAGGUUAGACGCGAUGGCCAAUGGUCAGAAAUCGAGUCGUCCAUUCUCGUUCCUGGGGAUAUGGUGUCAUUCAAAAUCGGUGAUAUCGUCCCAGCUGAUUGUCGUCUGACAGAAGCCAUCAAUGUUUCUCUUGAUCAGACCGCUUUGACGGGUGAGUCACUGCCUCAGUCCAAGAAAACGGGCGACCAGUGCUUUUCGGGAUCCACGUGCAAGCAGGGUGAAGCUGAGGGAGUGGUUAUCUCCACUGGCCCCAACACCUUCUUUGAUCGUGCUGCCUCGCUCGGAGGCCAGGAUGACGACACCACUGGUCACUUGCAGAAGGUUUUGGCUCAAUUCGGAUCUUUCUGUCUUGUCACCAUGGAUGUCUUCGUCAUUGCGGAAAUGUUUGUUUUGUACCGCGAUGGUCUUGACAACAUCCUCGUUCUUCUCAUCGGUGGUAUCACCAUUGCCAUGCCCACCGUCCUCUCAAUCACCCUCGCCGUCGGUGCUCAGCAAUUAGCCAAGUACAAGGCCAUUGAUACACGCAUCACCGCCAUUGAAGAGUUGGCUGGCGUUACUAUCCUGUGCUCUGAUAAGACCGGAACUUUGACCACCAACAAGCUCACCAUCGACCGCAACACUAUCCAGACAUACAGCCCCUUCUCCACGGAAGAUGUUAUACUCCUUUCCGCUUACGCCUUGCGUGUGGAGAAUCAGGACGCCAUUGACACGUCCGUCGUUCAAGCGCUCGGAGAUACAGCCCGUGCUCGUGCCGGAAUCAAACUGCUCGACUUCAAGCCGUUCAACCCCGUCGAUAAGCGUACCGAGAUCACAUACCGUGAAGAGUCGACCGGCAAACUGAAGCGUGUCACCAAGGGUAUGACGGGUAUCAUCAUCGAACUUUGCACGCGCAACAAGACCAAGGAGCUGGAGGAGAGGUUGGAGAAGGACGUAGAAGACUUUGCUAUCCGUGGCCUCCGGGAUUGCGCCCUCAGUACUUCAUGA